CAAUCGAAGCAAUUGUAAACACAACCGCCAAAAUGGUCAAAGCUGUCAGCGUUCUUCGAGGAGACUCCAAGGUCUCCGGCACCGUCGUCUUCGAGCAGGCUUCGGAGGGUGCCCCUACCACCAUCACCUACGACAUCACCGGCAACGACCCCAACGCGAAGCGUGGUUUCCACAUCCACACCUUUGGUGACAACACCAACGGCUGCACCUCUGCCGGCCCUCACUUCAACCCCUUCGGCAAGAACCACGGUGCUCCCACCGAUGAGGUCCGCCACGUUGGCGAUCUCGGCAACGUCGACACUGAUGCUCAGGGCAACGCCAAGGGCACCAUUACCGACAACCUGAUCCAGCUGAUCGGCCCCAACAGCGUCAUUGGCCGCACCGUGGUCAUUCACGCCGGCACCGACGACCUUGGCAAGGGCGACACCGAGGAGUCUCUCAAGACUGGCAACGCUGGCCCUCGUCCUGCCUGCGGUGUCAUUGGCAUCUCCAACUAAGCUUGUCAAGAUCCUGUAGCUACCGCAUGCUCUACCAAAGCUUGUUGCAGAUUGAACCAAAUCCAUUGAGCGACUGAGUACUUGUAGUUUGCCUCAACUUUGGUUAGCAGGUGUACGAUACAGAUAAAACAAAAUAAAAAACCCAUCUUCCAAGC